UGGUAGAGCCAAAGUGCAAGACAAGGAAAUAAUGCACAAAAAGGUCACCAUCACCUUUGAGAUAACUAUUACCUUUGACCUUUCUCCACUUGCCAAGGCUUUGAAAUGUGGUUUUCAUAUUUCAAAACAUUUUGAUAAUGGGUUUCAUCCUUCCUCCCCACUCAUUUCGACCCAAUCCACCUUCCUUAAUAAAUUACCUGGAUUUUGGCGUUUGCUGCUCCUACAAACCCACAAGAAUAAGAACAUCCAAUUCCUUUUUGGCUCGGGCAUUUUGGAAUUCGUAACACUCCUAAGUGCAUGUUAGAUUUUUAUGAAUUGAAAAGGAGAUAUGAUAAAGAAUUUAGUGUAAGAACUCCCCCAAGUGUUUAGCAAUGAGUUGUGGAUGGUUUGGUGCCUUCAGCGGCUGUAAAGGAAAGCAUGGUGUAAAUCAGACACGGGUAGAAGGUAAGAAACUAGGAAUUCUUACCAGCGAUGUAAAGUGCUUUUCUUAUAACUCGUUGAGAUCAGCAACUACAAAUUUCCAUCAGUCAAGAAAAAUUGGUGGAGGAGGCUAUGGAGUUGUCUAUAGAGGUGUUUUAAGAGAUGGUACUCAAGUUGCGAUUAAAUCUCUCUCGACGGGAUCUAAACAAGGAACUCAUGAAUUUUUGACGGAGAUUAAUAUGAUAUCAAAUAUACGACAUCCACACCUUGUUGAACUCAUUGGGUGCUGUGUUGAGGACAAUCAUCGGAUAUUGGUAUAUGAGUAUCUGGAAAAUAACAGCCUUGCAAGUGCUUUGCUAGGUUCAAAAAGUAAACAUGUUGCUUUGGAUUGGCCAACAAGAGCUGCUAUAUGCCGGGGUACAGCUUCUGGUCUUGCAUUUCUGCAUGAGGAAUCUGAACCACCUAUUGUCCACAGAGAUAUUAAAGCUAGCAAUAUACUUCUUGAUGGAAACUUUAAUCCAAAAAUAGGAGAUUUUGGGCUGGCAAAGCUUUUUCCAGACAAUGUCACUCAUCUUAGUACUCGAGUGGCGGGAACCAUCGGAUAUCUCGCCCCAGAAUAUGCACUCUUAGGGCAACUCACAAGGAAGGCGGAUGUAUACAGUUUCGGGGUGCUUUUGCUUGAAAUAGUUAGUGGUAGAAGCAGCAAUAAGGCAGCAUUUGAGGAGGAGUUACUGGUUCUGGUGGAAUGGACAUGGAAACUGAGAAAAGAAGAAAGAGUUCUGGACAUUGUUGAUCCUGAACUGACCGAGUAUCCAGAGGCUGAGGUGAUGCGCUUCAUUAAAGUCGCGUUAUUUUGUACCCAGGGCGGUGCACACCAAAGGCCCACCAUGAAGCAAGUCGUAGAGAUGCUUUCCAAGGAAGUGCACCUCAAUGAAAAGGCACUAACAGAGCCAGGCACAUUUAGGGUUCGUUCUACCAGUCACCCGAGUGGCAUUAAUGUUUCGGAAACAUCUCGGGCAGAGAAGCAAAAGCAACCGUCAAAUCCUUCUGUAAAUUUAACUCACUCAUAUAGCUCUCAAACUGAGACAACGUUGCUUCCAAGAUGAUCCAUUCUCCCAUUCUUCGUACUGGCUUGUUGUAUUUGUUAUCUAAUAUUUUUUUUGACCGACUGCCAAUUGAAAACCUUCUCUUUCUUGAUUAAGUAAAUUGAUUGAAACCUGUAAAA